AUGGUGGGCCCAAUGACCCUGCGCUCCCAAAAAGGGCUAGUCACCCGGUACUGCAAUGCGCUAAUUCGUCUGACAGAGGAAGGGAAAGAGACUACGGCCCAGCCUGGACCCACUCCGAACAACGCCACAACAUACGAAGAAAAACACGCCCUUCUUCUUGAAAUAGAGGCUACAGCUCAAUUACUUCUCGACACGCUGUCCACCUUUAACGCGACUGCAGACACAUUAGUCGAAUCUCUCAGUCAGGAAGAAGUGAAAGAAGUAGAGUCAUACAUGGACAAGGCACAUGAGGCUCUUGAGAGGGCGCACAGUGUAGCCUUCAAGAUGGAAGCCACAUUGCGAAGCCGGACACAGAAUUUCACUGGCCCAUUGGAGAAUCAGACGCGGCAAAACGGAGCAUGUGUGCAGGUCGCGCAACCACAUGACUCAGCAUGGAAAAUGCAGGACCUAAUCAAUGCUCUUGAUGACUACAUCACAACAGAAGAACGCAUUAACGAUGUCGUUGAGAGGUCCGUCCAAAAGGAAACCCAAGUCGGCUCCAUGAACUCGCGCAAAUCCAAAACACAAUCAUCAUGUAUGUUCUGUAAAGCGGACACCCACAAAUCGGCGGCAUGCCCACGAUAUCCCACAUUAUCCGAAAGACGAGCUAUCAUGCAGGAACAGAAAUUAUGCCUUAACUGUGGAAAACAAGGACAUUUUGUCUCACAGUGUUUUAGUAAAGGGUGCUCACACUGCGAUGGUAAAAAACACCACCAUACUUUAUGCCCAUUACGCAAUUCAUCCGCAUCAACCCCAGAAUCAAUGGAUCAACACCCCAGCCAGCGCUAUUCGCCUAAAUCACAGAAACCGAAACAUGCUCCACCCAGGACAACAGUACAGGUGAACAGAGAUACCGCACCAACGAAUGGACCUCCACAACAAAACAAACCAAAAAGGACACAAGUACAUCCGGUACAAAGUUCAACCGUUGAUGACACUCAGCAAUGUUUUCAAACAGUACAAGAAGCUAACCAGGACAGCUUAGUACUACAUCACUCUGAAGCAAAUAGUGUAGACCAGGGACAGGUUGCACUACUCACGGGGUGCGCUCAAGUGUGGAGCACACUCGAUACGGACUGGAAGGAGGUCGAAAUUCUAUUUGACACUGGUGCGGACAGAUCAUUCAUUAGUGAGGCACUGGCGCAAGACUUAGGACUGGACAGAUCCAACUGUCGAACACUUACUAUGCACACUUUCGGCAAUAGAGAGCCCAAAUGUGCUCAAAGCAGCUUGAUUACGCUCAGUACAUAA